AAAAUAUAGUUUCGGAACUGUAAGCAAAUAAAAAAACGAAGACGAAGGCAAUAUUUUGGAUGUGUAAGCAGCCUAUAUUAUGACACGACUUGAAACUUGAAACCAAGGAGCCUGACUUGACAGUCUGAAAAUCCCAUCGUAGAACGUGGCUGCAGUGGUCCAUAUAUGACGUCUUCUGCUCACAUUAGCAAACCCCAAAGUAUUUAAGAGGCCGCAGCUUUAUCUCUGAACAUGGCAAUGUUUAUAUUCACCUUAUCUAAUCGUAUAAAAAUAGCGUAAGUCAACAAUUUCCCUUAACGCGUUCGGCCAAUUUCAUGUCAUCGAAGUUUUAAUGAUAAGUGUGUAAGUGUUAUUUUGUUGUUGGUGGUGUUGCUGUUUUUCUUGGGACACUUCUGUGUGGACAUUUCUGUUUUCCCUGUGUUUUAUACGCUGUGACAUAACAUCAAUAAAUGAUAAUAGUAAUAAUUAAAUAUUAUUUUAGCCAUUAUAACUAUAAAUAAACAUUUAGAUAAAUAUAGCUUCGGGAUUGUAAGCAAAUUAAAUACACAGACGAAGGCAAUAUCUUGGAUGAGUAAGCAGCCUAUAUAAUGACACGUAAAAGGUUGCAAACAAACUCUGUAUGAUAAACUUGUAGCUUAUCUGACUAUUUUGAAGCUAAGGAGCCUGACUUGUCAGUCUGAAAAUCUUAUCGUUGAACGUGGCUACAGUGGUCCAUAUUUUGACCCGACUAGUGCAUGCAUACCAAGGCAAUGCCUGGAUAAGUAUAGCGUGAUCAGCCCAUUUAAAGACACGUAAAUAUAUUUGUACGUAUAGACUUGUAGGUUAUCUGAAGACCUUGAAGCCAAGGGCCCCAGACCUGAGCUGAAUGAUACUGGAGUGUAGUUAGGCAGACGCUGCAAUCAGGUGGCUGGAGGCCGUAAAAGAGAGACGUGUCCUGGAAGGAACAGCAAGCAAGGGUAGUAAAGAACGAUGAUCGUCUUGAGUUUGUUGAGUUUACUUACUGUGAAGACCGUCUUGGUCGGGAGCGCGGUAUUCCUGUUGGUGAUGUCAUAUCUACAGAGGAAGAAGUACAAACUCCCGCCAGGACCUCCACAGCUGCCGAUAGUGGGGAGUUACUUUGAAUUUAGGAAAGAUAGCCGACUGUAUUCCGUAUUCACCAAGCUCGGGAAGUCAUUUAGUGACUUGUUCACCAUUGAUUUAGGUUUUUGGCACAAUGUCGUGGUCAUGAAAUCUGCGGAUAUUGUCCACGAGGCUUUCGUCGAAAAGAAGGAGAUAUUUGCAGGAAGGGAAACUCUAACUUGGAAACUCAAAGUAUUCAGCGGAGGCAACAGAGAUAUAAUUUUCAGUGAUUACGGUCCAGUGUGGAGACUACAGAGACAGAUGGCUUUAAAGGCAUUCAGGGCCUACGUAGCGAGUGAUAAAUUGGAAACAUUCGUGAGGUCUUCUUUUGAUGAAGUUGCCACUUUGAUUGAAAAAGAGACUGAGCCAUUUGACAUAGAUUCUCAUUUUCAGUUACUUAUCUUCAACAUCGUCUGCAGAAUGGCUUACGGAAAAAGUUACAAAAUUGACGAGCCGGAGUUCGUUUGGCUGAAGGACACCGUGGACAAAACCAUGGGAACCGUAUUUGGAAGUAUCAUUCCCUCUGACGUCAUUCCCGUCUUGAAGCAUUUUCCUAUCCAGUCAUCCCUCUCGGUGAAACAACUCAUAAAGGAACUGAACGACUUCCAAAAUGUCAAACUGGCAGAACACAAGAAAAAUUUGAACUCGGGUAACCUUAGAGAUAUUAUGGAUCAAAUUUUGCUACUGAAGGAAGAAAUGGGAGCCGAGAGUGAUGACAACGCCAAAGAGUCGCUUACUGACACUCGCAUACGCCACACCCUAUUGGAUAUAUUCUUUGCUGGAACGCAGACCACGGUUGACACGUUGAAGUGGAUGAUUAUGUAUAUAGCCGAUAAUCCAGAUGUUCAGACAAAACUACACAAGGAGUUAGACGCCUUAGGCGACGACAUCAGUGGACUUCGUCACUGCAGACAUAAAUUGCCUUACAGCGAGGCUAUUCAGCGAGAGGUUUUGCGCAUGCGCCCUCCUGCUCCAGUAGCUGUAGGUCAUCAAGCACUCUGUGACACCAAACUAGGUGCGUACGAUAUCCCCAAAGGCACUGUGCUGUAUGCAAACAUUAUGGCAAUCCACCAUGACCCGAAAAACUGGGAGUCGCCGGAGGUUUUCAAGCCAGAGAGGUUUAUUAACAAUGACGGCAGCUUGAAAGAGGUUGACAACAAAAUUUGGAUUCCGUUCAGCAGUGGCAAAAGGAAAUGUGUGGGAGAAUCAGUUGGCAGGGCAAACCUUAUGAUGAUUUCGGCAUUGUUUUUCAGUCGGUUUGAGGUGAGCUUUCCACACGGACAAAAGCCAGACUUCGAGCCUGCAAUGGCAGAAUUUACCUGUGUACCUAAACCUCAGAAGAUCAUCGUGAAGAAAAGAAUGUAAUUUUUGGUGUCAGAAAUGUUUUUAAACUGAUCCGGAGGAAGUUUUCAGUGUUUGAACUUAUUAACUGUAAUUAAAACGUAACAUUCUACUGGUAAAGACACGAAGAUCUAGAUGGCUAAGAAAUAUCAUGGGAUUGCAUGCAUUCACAUAAAUGUAUCCGGAAUUACAUUGACAGAGUGAUGAAUUGCAAGAUUAAAUGCAAUAUAAAAAUAUGUAACAAGACACAUGUACUGGGUAGCAUUGGAUUUUUUAAUACUGGUAACGUGGAUAUCUAUCUGCAUGGGGGGUAUGAUAGUUAUGAACCAAAUAAUUCGUUAAUUGAGUUAUUUGUACGCCAAUUUUAAUACAGUAAUGGCUUUAAUAAACAAAAUGUUGAGUCAUGAAUAUUCAGUUUUGCUUAAAUAAAAAAAUGGAGAUUAUCUUUGUUGUGCUCAGUAUAAACAUUUUAUUUCAAAUUGUACCGUUUAGAUAAGAAG